AGAGAGAGAGAGAUUGAGUCGGUGAAUAAAUGAAUGAGAGAGAGAGCUGGGUGCAAAGGAGAAAGAGAGCAAUCGAGUCGGUGAACGAAUGAAUGGAGUCAGGUCCUCCGGCGAACGAUUUGUGUUCGGUGUGCCAUGCCAACUUUCACAUCCCAUGCCAAGCCAAUUGUUCUCACUGGUUUUGCGGUAAUUGCAUCAUGCUGGUGUGGCAGCACGGAUCAGGGGCUCGCCCUUGCAAGUGCCCCCUCUGUCGCCGACCCAUUACUCUCUUAGUCCCAACCGAAGACUCUCUUAGGCAGAACCAUGACCCUGAAGUUGCUCAGAUUCUAUCCAAGAUUCAUGCUUAUAACCGUUUCUUUGGUGGCCAACCCACCUCACUUCUUCAGGUUUCUAUAUAUAACUUUUUUAUUAUUUCUUACUUACUUAUUAUUACUCUUUACCUCACUUCAUUUUUAUUGCAGAGGAUGCAAGAUCUCCCUUUUCUGCUGCAUAGGCUGCUGCGGGAAUUCUUGGACCCUCAAAGAUCCCUUCCUCUUGUCAUUCGUGCCCGUGUCUUUGUUGCAAUGAUAGCAAGUGUUAUAUACCUCUUCAGUCCUAUUGACAUCAUUCCUGAAGGGGUAUUGGGAAUAGUUGGUUUGUUAGAUGAUCUCCUAAUUGUGCUUAUAUGCUUCCUACAUGUUGCUGCACUUUAUAGAUCAGUACUUUACCUCCGUCAUGGGGGUUCAUGAACAUGUUAUAAUGCCUUAUAGGUAAAGUGAUACUAUCAGAUAAUGCCUAGGGGCCUGAUAUGGGGGCAUUAUUAUUUCAUUUUCAAAAUUGAGGUACUUAGUUUUGUAUGUACAUAGACAAGUUCAAUUUCAAAUAGUGUAUUUGGCAAUGGAAAUUACAAUGAAAAAGCAUUCUAUAAAAUUUCGUACA